AUGGAUGUCUUUUGGACGCUCCCGCCCGUCUCUAGGACUAUCACAGCUGCAGCAGUCGUUGUAUCGGCUGCAGGCUACAGCGGACUUCUCAGCCUGUACCACUACAUCUUCGUCAGCCAAUAUGUCUUCACGGUGUCGAUGCUCCCGCAGCUCUGGCGACUCUUCACAGCGUUUCUGAUUACGAAACCGAAGUUCGGCAUCCUGCUAGACCCCUACUUUCUAUACCAGUACGGCAGCUCCAUCGAGCGGGAGUCGCCUCGCUUCAAGGAUCCAGGCGACUUCUUCGUGUACACUUUGUUCCUCGGUAGCGUCAUUGUCGCAACAGCAGGUGGCAUCCUAAACCAAUACACCUUCCUCCCGUCGCUGUCCCUCGCCUACGCAUACACGUUCGCCCAAGAUAAUCCUACCCGCUCCGUAUCCUUCUUCGUCAUCACCUUCGAAAGCAAAUACCUGCCCUUCGCAAUGCUCUUCAUGGCCUUCGUCAUGGACGGUCCCGAUGCCGCUCUCGGACAGCUUAUGGGUCUCCUCGCCGCACACUUGUACGACUUCCUGACAAGGAUCUGGCCUACGUUUGGCGGUGGCAAAAACUACAUUCGCACACCUGAGAUGGUGAAGCGCUGGUUCGGUGCUGCGCCGGGCAGCGUGCAGAACAGAGGAUAUGGGCAUGUUGUGCAGGGACGGGGAGGCGCUGCGCAGCCUAGUGCGGCGAGGGCGACAGGCAAUGCUUGGGGUGGAAUGGGUCCCGGGAGGAGACUGGGGGAAUAG